UAAUUAUUAACCAUUUUGGCGGUCUUUGUCAAACAAAUGUUCAUCAAUUUUAUAAACAAUCGUAAACUAUCAAAAUAAGUGAAUAUUCAAACGCAUCAAUAGAAUUUAGUCGCAAUAUUUUUAAAUUUAUUUUUAUGCAUAGUAAGAAUAUUAAAUAAAUAAAAUAAUAUGGUUCGUCGAAAAUCUGACAAAAGUGGACCGUUACGUAGUCCAAAAAAAAUACCAGAAGGGAAAAAUAAAAGGAGAACUGAAGUGAUAGUUCCAAAAAUUAAAAAAAUUCAUCGUCAAACCAGAGCAUUACAAGAAAUAAAAUAUUAUAGAAAGUCAACUAAAUUAUUGAUACCAAAAUUGCCAUUUUCACGGCUUGUACGGGAAAUAAUGUCGGAAAUUUUUCCAAACACUCAGUAUAAAAUUCAAGCUCUUGCUCUCCAAGCACUUCAGGAAUCUACUGAAAUGUAUAUAGUACAAUUUUUUGAAGAUGCUGUUUUAAUAUCAUAUAAUAGUAAAAGAGUAACUCUCAUGCACAGAGAUUUUAUUUUAUUGCGACGACUCCGUGGACGUGGUGACAUAAUAAAUAGAUGAAUUAUUGAAAAUUAUUUAUUUUUAAGGAAAAAUUAGUUAGUGAAAGUUUUUAUGAAUUUCUCCAGAUUAUGCUAUUACAUAUUCAAAUUUAUAUUUAAAUAUUGCUUCACAGUGAGAAAAAAAAUGCUUUAAAUGAAUGUAAUUACAAUAUUUAAGUUUUUAACAGAAUCAUAUACAGUAGUUUUAUUUCAAAAAUAAUGUUGGAGAUGUAAAUACACAAAUAAGUUAUUCUACAAGUAUUGUUUUUAGUAAGAAAAAUUUUUGAAAAAACAAUAUACUUUAUUCUUCCAUACUUUGGUGAAAUACUUUCAUUUGAUAAAAAUAGGAAAUUUUGUAAUUUCAUAAAAACACAAAAAUGUACAGGACUAUUUGAAUUUUCUU